GUUACCAGAAUUUUUUUGGUUUGCAGGAUAAUCUUGUAUGAAAUGGCAAUGCUGGUCAAACGUCACCAGUACGAAAAAUACAAAAUGUCACUGUCACAGUAACCUAACCAAACUUUUUGAUUGUUUUAACAUGUUAAAGACUUUGGAAGGAUGUGAAAAAUACAUUAAUAAACAUGUCCCAGGUCGAAAAUGACCUUUAGCAAUGAAAGAUUAGCCAUAUUAUACGGUUCUCAAACAGGGAAUGCCCAAGAUUUAGCAGAGCGAAUUUGGAGGGAGUCUAAACGAUUUUACUUUAAAGCUGUCCUAAGAGCACUAGACGAAUAUAAUGUCUUGGAUCUAGUUAAUGAAAAAUGUGUGAUAUUUAUUUGCUCUACCACUGGACAGGGUGAAGAGCCAGACAACAUGAAGACCUUUUGGAAAUUCCUGUUACGGAAAAGUUUACCUAGUGGUGUACUCAGUAAUUUGAGGUAAAUAUGGUUUAUAUCAAUACUAUUGUCUAUUCAGUUCAGUUUUCAUUCAGAAAAUUUGUGUCAAAAUGAUAGUGAAAUACACACAAAGGUCAAAGUACAUAAGGCAAUCAGUUUAAAUAGAAAUUCAGUGUUAUAUAACAGUGGUUUCAAGGUGGAUCCAGAGGAACAAGUACCAUCUGCACAUUUUUUGAACUUUGCCCGAGUUUCCCACUUGUGGAUCCGCCACUGAUUGGUUUCAUAGCUGCCAUUAAGGGGCAGUUACACACAGUCAUUUUAAAAUAUAACAAACAAGUUUUGCAAUGUAUUUGCACAUUAGUGAUGUUUUUGAAGAUAUAUUCAUUUACCAAAAUUUAGUGAAAAUAAGACCUUUUGAGUUGAAAAAAUAGCAAGCUUUUUCUUAAUGUCAAGUGAACCAAUAAUUGUCUCAUCAGGGUGGCAGUAUUUGGUCUAGGUGACUCUAGUUAUACCAAAUUUAACUUUGCUGCUAAAAGAUUGUAUAAACGAUUGCUUAAUUUGGGAGCAACAGCAAUUGUUGAAUUGGGUUUGGGAGAUGAUCAGCAUGAUUUGGGUUAUGAUGCUGCCGCAGAUCCAUGGAUGGCAAAUGUAUGGAAAGAGUUGCUGCUUCUUUAUCCAUUACCAAGUGGAGUACAACCUCUUCCAAAGGAUUACGUUUUCAGACCAAGGUGGAAAGUUUCAGCAACUGCAUUAGAUGUGGAUGUUAAUAGGCAAAAUUCUAUUUAUUACUGUGUUAAAACUGGUAAUGAGUUUGACUCCACGGUUCUGGAAAAUAAACGAUUGACAGAUGCUAGUCAUUUUCAGGAUGUAAGAUUGAUAAGAUUCAACACUGAUGGCAAACAUUACAACCCAGGUGAUAUCCUAGCUUUAAGACCUAAAAACCUUCAAUGGAUAGUGGAUGAAUUCAUGGAUGUUCUUUCAUCAAAUGGAGUGGAUAUCCCUCCAGAUUCUGUUUUUACUUUACAACAGAAUGAUCCUGAUGUUCCUAUUCCAGAUGUUCUCAGGUAUAAAGUGACAUUCAGUCAGCUUUGCCUCGAAUACUUUGACUUGCUAAGCAUCCCAAGACGCCAAACUUUCCAAGUUCUAGCCCAAUUAACCGAUAGUGAACUGGAAAAAGAGAAAUGUCUAGAAUUCACUACUGCCGAAGGUCAGGAAGAGCUUUUCUCGUACGUCAACAGACCCAGAAGAAACAUUGUUGAAGUGCUAAGGGAUUUCCCUAAUGCUACAAAAAACCUGACAACAGAUGUGCUGUUUGAAAUACUUCCACCGAUCAAACCCAGAGAGUUUUCUAUUGCUAGCAGUUUUAAGUUGAGUCCUAAUGAAAUACACAUACUGGUAGCUGUAGUUAGGUUCAAGACCAAAUUGGCAAAAGAGAGGGUUGGACUGUGUUCGAAUUUUUUAGCUGAUUUGAAGAAGCACGAUAGAGCGUCGGUUUGGAUCAAUAAAGGUUCUUUUAAGUUUCCAUCAGAUUUGGAUACACCUGUUAUAAUGGUUGGCCCUGGAACUGGAGUAGCUACUUUUAGGAGUUACAUACUAGAGAGGAUUUCUGAGGGUACAGCUACAAAAGACAACUUGAUACUGUUCUAUGGUUGCAGAUAUAGGAAUAUGGACUUCCUGUGUGGCCAGGAUUUUGAGGAAUUAGCUGAGGCCCAUAAAAUGACUUUUGUAACUGCAUUUUCUAGGGAACAGGAUGAAAAAGUAUAUGUACAACAUAAAAUAAUAGAACAUAAGGAGAUAGUUUGGAAAGCAUUACAAAAGAAAGCAUAUGUAUACGUGGCAGGGAACUCAAAAAAUAUGCCUCAAAGUGUCAGGGAAGCUUUCACAGAAGUAUGUAUAGAUAUUGGUGGGAUGACAAAAGAGAAAGCUGUGCAUUUCAUGGAUAUCAUGGACAAAACUGGACGAUACCAAACAGAAUGUUGGUCAUGAUGCCUAUAAAUUUUAUUUAUUAUAUGUAGAGAUUGUGCUGAAUAUAUCCAAUUUUUGUUA